UGUGCCUCCCUGAUUUGUUGUCAUACACACACCGACUGUCUUCACUUUUGGAUCUGUCUCAUACUGAAACCACUUUCAAUUAAAGUGUGUACCCCUCCUCCUGUCACGUACAAGUCAGUGUAAUUCAGAAGCAACGUAGUUAUGUGUGAGUGUUUACGGGCAUGUAGGACGCAGACAGUAACAGUUAGGUAAGCAGGGUGUCGACAGGUGAAACAACUGAAGAAAACGGGGCAACACCUUCACCGUAUUUUAUCGCUUCCUCCGGUUAAACCUCCCUGUCCAGCCGCAUCUCCUCUCGGGUUUACUCGCUUCUCCUGUCCUGCUCACCGGACUCCUAUUCGGUGUUUACCUCGGCAGAAGAAAUGUCGGAGGAAAAAACGGAACUUCCCAACGAACUGUUCGAGAGCGUGCGGGAGGCGGUGGGUCGGAGGGUGAAGUUGACCUUGAGGCGCAAAGUCCAGCUGGAGGUCAAAGGUGACAAGGUGGAGAACAGAGUACUGGUAGAACACUCCUUCAGCUACCUGGAUAUCCAGGGAAUCAGCAGCAACAAGCCCACUCAGUUGGUGUUGGAGAAUGAGCGUGGUCCAUGGAGCCUUCGGCUGAACUCGGUGGAGGAAGUGGACGAGGUGAUCGCUCACAUCGGCAGCUGUCUGCACCGGAUCUCCCCCGCCGGCUCACCUGUAAAGGUGAUGAAGAAGUUGAGUCUGAAGCCUCCAGAGAGGACGACGUCCCUCCAGGCAAUAUGGGAAGAACAGAGCUCUGCCGAUCUGGGACCCUGUGGCGGGUUUUCUCAUCAGUACUGGUGUGUGUGUGAUAACCUGGGUCUGCCGUACAGAGAGGAGGUCCAAUGGGAUGUGGACACCAUCUAUCUAACUCAGGACACCAGAGAGCUCAACCUGCAGGACUUCAUUCACCUGGAGAACAGGGAUCUGGUGGCGAUCAUCGCCGCUCUGGAGUACAACCAGUGGUUCACUAAACUCUCCGCCAAAGACUACAAGCUGUCAACAGAUAUGUGCGAUCAGAUCUUGAGAGUGGUGGCUCGGUCCAGCCGGCUGGAAGAGCUGGUGCUGGACAACACUGGACUUAGAAGUGAUUUUGCUCAGAAACUGGCCAGCGCUCUGUCACACAACCCCGCCUCCACGCUGCACACAAUCAACCUGAGCAGCAACUCACUAGAGGACAAAGGUGUUUAUGCUCUGAGUGCUCAACUCGCUAAACUGCCCAUGGGCCUAAAGUACCUGAACCUCUCCAGGACCUCCAUGUCUCAUAAAGGUGUGAACAUCCUCUGUCAGGCUCUCUGUGCCAACCCUGCAGUCGCCGCCGCACUCACACACCUUGACCUGUCGGGAAACUCCCUCAGAGGAGACGACCUGCAGAACCUGUACAGCUUCCUGAGUCAACCCAACUGCCUGGAGACUCUGGAUCUGUCCAACAGUGACUGCUUUGUGGAGCAGGUGUGUGCGUCUCUGCUCAGAGGAUGCUUGAAUCAUCUUUCUGUCCUCAACAUGUCAAAGUCAAUCUUCUCUCACAGGAAGUGUAAAGAAAUCCCUUCGUCCUUUAAGCAGUUCUUCAGCAGCUCUCAGGCUCUGAGCUCAGUCAGCCUGUCGGGAACCAGGCUGCCUCUGGAGGCUCUGAAAGCAUUGUUGUUGGGGCUCGGCUGCAACCCAAACCUCAGCGACGUGUCUCUGGAUCUCAGCUGCUGUGAGCUGCGUUCAGGAGGCUCCCAGAUCCUGGAGGGUUGUGUGGCCGAGAUUCCCAACAUCUCCAGUCUGGACAUUUCUGACAACGGUCUAGACAUGGAUCUGACCACCCUGCUGGUCUGGCUGGCCAAGAAUCGCUCCAUCAGACACCUUUCACUGGGCAAAAACUUCAACAACAUCAAGUCCAAAAAUGUGUCUCAGGUUCUGGACAACCUGGUUCACAUGAUUCAAGAGGAGGAAUCACCGCUGACCUCGCUGUCCCUGGCUGAUUCCAGGCUGAAGACCGACCUCUCCAUCGUCCUCAACGCUCUGGGCAGCAACACCUCUCUGACCAAACUGGACAUCAGUGGAAAUGCUAUGGGAGACAUGGGCGCCAAGAUGCUGGCAAAAGCCCUGCAGAUCAACACCAAACUCAGGACGAUAGUGUGGGACAAAAACAACAUCAGCCCUCAGGGUCUGCAGGACGUCGCUGCUGCUUUAGAGAAGAACUACACCAUUCGUUUCAUGCCUGUUCCCAUCAUGGAUGCUGCUCAGGCAUUGAAGGCGAGCCCAGAGAAGACAGAGGACGCCUUACUAAAGAUGGAGCAGUACCUGCUGAGGAACCAUGAGACACGUAAAUACCUCCAGGAGCAGGCGUACAGGCUGCAGCAGGGAAUAGUCACCACUACUACGCAACAGAUGAUGGACAUGAUGUGUGUGAAGGUGCAGGACCAUCUGAACUCUCUGAGGUUCACAGAGACUAACUCGGUCCAGGAGGACAUGAAGGUGGCAGAGAACUUCAUGAAAGAUGCCAGGAAUUCCAAGACACUGCUCCCCAACCUGUACCACCUGAAGAGUGGGGGGUCCAGUGGAGCGUGUGUUGGAGCCAUUCAGGACAAGCUGGAGUCCAUGGCUGGAGAGGUGGCGCGGGUGAUGGACGAACAGCUGCAGACAAUGCUGUUGUCCAUGGUGGACACGGCUGAGGGUCUGUGUCCUCAUGUGAUGAAGAGGAGCAGCCUUCGCCAGGAGCUGCUGAAGGCUGGAACAGGGAAGAUGAGCGUUCCCCGCAGCUUCAUCACCACCACGCUGCUGGAGCAGUCUGGGGUCGACAUCAUCAACAAGAUCAGUGAAGUGAAGCUGAGCAUGGCGUCAUUUCUGUCUGAUUGCAUCGUGGAUGAGAUCUUGGAUUCUCUGUCCAAAUCACAGCACACUCUGGGUGACCAUCUGAUCAAGAAAAGUCAGCUUCUACUGCAUCAGGAGCCCCAGACAGAGACAGAGGUUCUGGAUGAGAUGAUUCUGCAGCCAGGGAAUCACAACCAGGAACAGAAACACAGACAUCACCGGGACCAGAAACAUGGGCUGGAGGAUAUGGACACCUGCAUUAUGACUUCUAAAUCCAAGAGGAAGAGUAUUCUGGUCCGGAUGCUGCGCCCCGUCUCUGUGGCAUUUGAGAUGGAGUUUGACCUGGACAAGGCUCUGGAGGAGGUUCCUAUCCAUGUUGAGGACCCCCCUCUUCCUCCUCUUCCUUCACAGCCAUUGGAUAGAAUGUCAUCCUACUAUGGAGACCUCCCCCCUCCCCCCACUCCACUCGAUACAAAGUCUGUCUGUUUGGGCGAGCUGCCGCCUAUAGAGCACAAGAUGCUGGAGCAUCACACUAAACUCCGCCCAAAACCCAAAAAGAGGACAAAACCCAGCCGACCACGUCGGAAGGCCACUGGCAGCACAGCGCCACAAGAGGCAGAACAGAACAGCAUCAUGGGAAAGCUUGAUGAGGGCCUGGAGGACUUCUUCUCCAAAAAAGUCAUUAAACUCAGCUUCAAACUUCCCACUGUGAGAGGUCCGUCCUCCAGCACACAGGAAUCAGCAGAUAAGAAACGUGAAUCCAGGAAGAGCGGUUUCUUUAACCUCAUCAAAUCCCGAACGUCCCGCUCAGAGAAGAGUCAUGGAGCUGCCUCCAUCACUCCACCCAACCCUGCCUCCUCCACCACUGCUUCACCAUCUCACUCUUUUACCUCAGUGACUGAGGACACGCCGCCGACAUCGCCCACUCCUCAUGCAAAAAACCCUGGCAUUGUGGUAGACCCCCAUCAGGAGCUCCACAGGGCUCAAUCCUCGGACCACACAGAUUCUGAGAUGGAGGCUUCUCCGACUACAGAGGAACCUACUGAAGAGGAGAAAGAGGAGAAAAAUGUGGAGAAGGAGAAUGUGGAGAAUAAGGAGAACCUGGAGAAAAAGGAGAACCCUCACAUUCCCCGCCAUAUUGGGGUCCCUGUGAUGGGCAUGGACCUGCUGGCUGAGAUGAAGGCCAGGCAGGAGAGAAUGGCUGUAAAGAAGUCCGAGUCGUCAUUCUUGCUGGACAAGGUAGAGGAUGACAAAGCUAAGUCCGACGUCCAUCCCAUUGGCCCAGCAGACGCGGAGGAGUCCAGACCAGAGCCGACUCCAAGGUCAAAACCACCCAGCGUCACCCCUAAACCCCCACCCCAGGCCACCAAACCUCCUCUGGGGCCCCGCAUCUCUGGGCCCCUCAGUCCGGCCAGUCCAACCAGUCCCAGGCCAAGCAGCACCUACAUCCUCGAUGACUCUGCUGAAGCAGGCAGCUCUUCUGCCAAAGGUCCACUUCCUGCUCCUCGCCUGAAGAGGGCGCCGUCAGAGCAAGAGAGAGAGAGCACCAGCAGCAACCCUGCAGGACCCCUGUCUCCACUGGACGAUGAGAAUCCAGAGGAUGGUGACGCAUUCGAGCCGCUCAGUCCAGCGAUUGAACACUGUGGCAGACACUGGUCGUCUCUGAAAGGUUCAGCCAGUCCUCCUGCUGCAAUUGAAGACGACCGAGAGCGAACCAAGUCCCUCCCCGCCUACGUGAGGCCUCCAUCUCUCGCAGACACAGAUCUCAGUCCAGCUGAGGAGGACAUUCCAUCCCUGACUGCUGAUCUAAAGUCGGACAACAAAUCAGAGGACGAGUCAGACGACGGCCCUCCAGUCUGAUACCAACUAAAUCCUGCUUGACUGUCCUCUACACAUCCGAGAAACAUUAAGAGGCCAAUCACAAACAUACAGUGGACAAUCAUUUAAUUUAAUUUCUUACAAUUCCUAGUGAGGCACAUGUUAGCAGAGGGCACACUGUAAAGAUGUAAUGCUGUUAUCAGUGAAGUUUCCUGACCUUGGAUCCGUCCAGACCAAUGGACACCAAAACAGCUCCAUUACGAUCUCUCUCAACAGCUCUAAUAUGACCAUAAAGAGCAGGCCAGAUGAGUUUUAUCUGGUGCAGAGACAAUCUGUUAGAUAUAGCUAUAAAAAGGUCAGUUAGUCCAAAGCACUGAGGAGAACGAGUAUGACUGUCUAAGUACA